GCUGGUAGCGCUAAUAGCGUCUCCCCGAACGCACCCCUUGAAUACUAUUGUGUUUAGGCUCAUAAGUUAUAAGUCCUCCAAAAAGUCAUCUGUGUUUAUUGGGAAUAAUCAUUUUUAAUAUAUGUAUUAUUUACUCAUACGACGAUGGAGAAGGAAAGAUUUACAAUGCUUCUUUUGGAACCAGGAGAAAUAUUUUUUGAAGAUUAUAGCGUUCAGAUGAGGAUGCUAAAUCCUUCAUUGUCUGAAGAUAAAAAGUGGAUAAAUGGGAGAUUGAAAUUAUGUUCUAAAUCUUUAGUAUUUGUAAAUAAAGAUAUUAACCAACCAUUAAUUAAGAUUCAGCUCAAAGAAACUAUAUCAAUCGAACAAUUGAGCAAUGAUAUAAUAAACAAUAUGUUGGCAAUAGAAUGUAAGCAACAUGUGGAAAUGCUGGAGAAAAAUAUAUUAGCACCAUAUCGAUUUAUACAUCAGAAUAGUAUAUUUCAUUUUUGUUUUAAUUAUGCAAAAGUAGAAGAUUGUCUUUCACAGAUCCUACAGUUGCAUAGAGCAGCGAGUUUAGUCACUGUAGAACAGAAUGCAAUGAUUAUGGCUAUUGUACACUCGAGACAGUCACGUGUAUCUUUUGAUACAUCAUGGCUUGAGGAUCUAUAUGAACAAGUGGUAUUGGAGACACAAGCAAACAAAGUAUUACCGCUUGUAAUAAAUCCAGGCAGAGUAUUAUUGACUAACUCGAGAAUAUAUUUUCAACCCUAUAAUAACAUGGAUCAGCAUCCUGUUCUUAAAAUCCAAUUGAAGGAUAUACAGAAUAUUAUAAAAAGGAGAUUUUUAUUGCGACAAGUGGGUCUUGAAAUUAAAUGGAUACGACAAACUGGUAGUAAGAUCAAACAUUUAUUUUUAUCAUUUCAAAAUCAAGAUGGUAGAGACAAAUUGUAUGAAAAUUUACUUAAACAAUUGGCAGUUUCUCUUGAGACUAUACCACAAAAUCAAAUGACAAUGAGAUGGCAGAAUGGAUGUAUAUCAAAUUAUGAUUAUAUUUUAUACGUUAAUAGUCUGGCAGACAGAACAUUUCAUGAUUUGACACAGUAUCCAGUGUUACCUUGGAUUAUACAAGACUAUACUUCUACGACAUUAGAUUUAAAUGACAUUAAUGUUUAUAGAGAUCUUUCAAAACCUGUUGGUGCAUUAAAUCCUAGUCGUCUAAAGAGACUAAAAGAACGAUAUUCAGAAAUGGCUGAGCCAAAGUUUUUAUAUGGUUCUCAUUAUAGCGCACCAGGUUUUGUACUAUUUUACUUAGUACGGAAAUAUCCUCAAUAUAUGCUCUGUCUUCAAAACGGAAGAUUUGAUCAUCCAGAUAGAAUGUUUAACAGUAUAGCCGACGUAUGGAAAAAUGUUUUGGUGAAUAUGUCUGACUUUAAAGAACUGAUACCAGAGUUUUAUGAUGUGAGCAAUAGUGGUGACUUUCUAGUGAAUAAUUAUGGCAUCGACUUUGGCUAUCGGCAUGAUGGUACAAAAAUAGGUGAUGUACAGUUACCUCCUUGGGCAAAAGGACCAGCCGAUUUUGUACAACAAUUAAGAAAUGCCUUGGAAAGUGAUUAUGUUUCUCAAAAUCUUCAUCACUGGAUUGACUUAAUUUUUGGAUAUAAACAACGAGGAAUUGAAGCUGAUAAAGUUGAUAAUGUAUUCUUUCAUUUGUGUUAUGAAGGAGCAGUAGAUUUAGAUACUAUACGAGAUAUAAAUGAUAGACAUGGGCUUGAGGUACAAAUUAUGGAGUUUGGUCAAAUACCAAAACAAAUUUUUAUUUUACCUCAUCCCAAACGUUUAACAUCAGCUCCAAAUUUAUUGUACAGCGAAACAUUAUUGACUUCGGCAGAAUCAACUUCAGGCAGUACAUGUAUAAAAGAAAAAUCAAUUAAUUUUACUGAAUUAAUAGUGUUUCAAGCGCACAGAGACUGCGUCACAAGUGUUGUACGAAAAAGUACAACGAGUAACGAAAUUAUAUCAGUAGGACAAGAUGGAAUGCUUAAAUUGUAUAACAUAAGCGAGAAAAAACUGACACGUAGUGUUACUUUAUCUCCGUUGUCUUUGUCAUCUUGUAUCUCGUAUUAUACAUUAUCGCAACGUAACAUUCUUGUAGCAGGCUCAUGGGAUAAUACCUUGAUAUUUUAUGACAUCGAAUUUGGUAGAGUAAUUGAUGUCCUGCAAGGACAUGAAGAUGCUGUAUCAUGUUUAGCAUGGAGCUCUACUCAUCAAGUGAUUAUAUCUGGAUCAUGGGAUUGUACUGCAAAAGUUUGGCAUGGAUACACUUCUGGAUCAAAAAUUAAGCCUGCGGAAUAUUUUAUCGCACAAUUAGAUCAUGACUCCAAAGUAACUUGCAUUAAUAUAUCGAGAGACGAUACCAUGUUGGUAUCUGGUACAGAAGAUGGUGAAUUAUGUUUGUGGAGCAUGAAUAAUUACAAUUUACAAUCUACUAUUAAAGGCCAUAUAUGUAGAGUAAACGCGAUAACGUUCGAUAAGCAAUGCAGCAGCAUGAUAUCAUGUGCAGAAGACAAAGUAUUAAAUAUAACUGAUGUUCGAACAAGUACACAGAUAUAUUCCGUCAGUCUAGAAAGUGAACCAUUGACAUUAACAUGGAUGAAAACGUUCUUGUUGAUAGGCGAUAAUGACGGAAAUCUUAAUAUCUGGAAUCAUCAAAAGGCUGCAUUUGCCCCACAAAUACAUUGUCAUGAUGGACCGCUUUGCGCCUUAGCUAUAACCGCUGAUAGUAAUUUAAUGAUAACAGGUGGAAAAGACAGGAAAGUUAUCGUGUGGGAAUGUCACGAUCAUUAAUACAGUAUUAUAAAUGAUUACUGUCAAUGUAUAAAGAAAAAGUUGUGUAAAUAGAAUGUAGGUCUAAUAUCAUAUUUUAUUAUUUAUUUAUUAUAUAAAGGAUAUUAAAACUUGAGAUAUAGCGUAGAAGAAAUGGCAUAUUCAGAGUAAUCUAAGAAAAACGUUAAAAUAUUUACAUUUAAAAGCAUAUGUGAGGCUUAUAAAAAAAUACCAAAUGUCGUUAUACUUAACCUUUUCAGGGGCACAUUUUUUCUAGCAAUUAUGUCGGAUAGAUUUUGUCGUAUCUGUAUGUUUUGGAUCAUGUUGAAACGGAAUCCGAAAUCAAAAUUUAAAAAUUUGAAAUGACGGAUCCAAUAUGACGGAUAUCGAUAUAAAAAUUAAAAAUUUAGAGAUUAAGAAAAUAUAGCCGUAUUCUACACAUUUAUAAUAAAAAAGGUCUCAUUCGGUUUUUCACUAAAAUGCAUAGUUUUCGAGAAAAAAAUUCCCGGAAUGAUAGUCUUGUAAUCAUUUCAUUCAAUAUUUUGUAACCAUUUAAAAUUUUUAGGUUAAUUUCAUAAUCAGCAACCCAAAUAACCAUUAAGUACAAAAUUCUAUAUAAAUGACUUAUAAAUCAAGUGAAUAAAUCAUUUUUAUAUGCCAAAAUAGCAUUUUGCAAUAUAUUUCGUUGAAAAAAUAAUAACAAUAUAUUUUCUACAACUUCAACUUAAUAUGACCUACAAUUAGUUCGUCAUCCCUAGAAUCUAAAAUUAUGAUCUGAAAUCUUUAUUUACAUUCAAGGGACUUCUAAGAAUGAAUUUAUCGUAAAAAAACAGCAUUUUUCAUCAUUAUUAAUAAUUGCAAAUUCAAUGAUGGAUGCAAAACUCGUAUAGUAGCGCAUAGUUCUAACAUUAACAAUUAAGUAUGGAACAGUUUAUUUCACGAUUAUACUACGAUAUAACACACCGCAGUUAUAUUUAAAAAACUAAAGAAAAUGAGUUCGGAAGUUUUCCACUGCCUCUGAAAGGGUUAAUAUAUUAUAUCGAUAAAUUAAAACAAAAUUUGUUUUCUUUUUUAAAAUUGCUUCAUAUUAGAUUCUUAACAUAUUGAAUGGCUGAAAUGUGUACGCUCUAUAUUUGAGAGAAACAAAAAAGUCUUUUGAAACUAUACAUUUUUAACUUAUAAAACUUUUGUACAUUUAUAUUUAUGUUUCUUACAUAAAAAUAUACAUUUAAUUCUUAUAUAUUGAAUAGAAAAUAUAAAUUAUUUAAAAAAUAUUGCUGAAUGUAUCUACAAUAUUCCUUUGUAAUGGAAUACAAAUUUUUACAUUGAUAUUAAAAUUUUUAACUUAUACAUGUGAUAUAUUAUAUAAUGUUACAUUCCAUUUUUUAAAUAAAAUAUUUCUCAAUUGUACAUUAAUCUUUCCAUCUUAACAGAAAAACAAAUAAUUUUGUUAUUAAUUAUGAUAAACUAUUAUAUUACAUUUAAUCAAAAAUCAUUAGCUUAUAAAUAUUUAUAUUGCAAAAUAGAUAUUAUUUUAAACUAAUAAUAGUAAUAUAUAUAUUUUUUUUAAUGUUAUUUUGGCAUUGCUGUAUAAGAAAAUUGAACUAAGAUUUGAAUACAAUAUUUAUAAAGUGAGAAAAAUAUAUGUACAUUAAUUAAAGUUCUAA